AGACAUCAACCGAUUAAGGAUAAAGCUAGAUUGUAUUGUUGGAAACGAACGUGCCCCCAUCCGCUAGCGCUACCGCAGAUUGGAGACAAUUCCUUCCUCUAUCCUUCCUCCGCUAGUCGCUAGACUCGAAGCUUAUCGGCAAAGGAAAGUUAAAAAAACGUAACCUACAAAAAGCCCUAAUUUCUCGCCUCUUCUUCUCUGCAACCACAACCGCCUACCGCCCUAACCAUUUCUUCUUCCUAUCGACUCACUAUCCUGCGAAGAUGUGGCCACCGUCGUACGGAAAAGCAGGCGACGUCGAGGCUGGGAGCCGCCAACUCUAUCCUAUGAUGCUAGAGAGUCCAGAGCUCCGCUGGGCCUUCAUUCGUAAGGUCUACUCCAUCUUGACCAUCCAAUUGCUUCUCACCAUUGCUGUUGCUGCCGUCGUUGUAUCCGUUCAUCCGAUCGCAACCUUCUUUGUAUCCUCUGGGCCCGGUUUUGCUCUAUACAUAGUUAUCAUUAUAUUGCCCUUCAUUGUUCUCUGCCCGCUGUACUACUAUUAUCAGAGGCAUCCUGUGAACUUGCUACUUCUUGGGCUGUUCACAGUGUCACUUGCUUUUGCUGUUGGAUUGACGUGUGCAUUUACGAGUGGGAAGAUUAUUUUGGAGUCUGCAAUUUUGACGGCUGCGGUGGUUCUGAGCCUUACACUCUAUACAUUUUGGGCAGCCAAGAGGGGCCAUGAUUUUAACUUCCUGGGGCCCUUCCUAUUUGGUUCCUUAUUAGCCCUCAUGGUCUUUGCCUUCAUUCAGAUACUAUUCCCCUUGGGUAAAAUCUCGGUGAUGAUUUAUGGCGUCCUAGCAACCAUCAUUUUCUGUGGGUACAUAAUCUAUGACACUGACAACUUGAUCAAGCGCUACUCUUACGACGAGUACGUCUGGGCUGCUGUUUCUCUCUAUCUGGACGUCAUCAAUCUGUUCCUUUCUCUGCUCACUAUAUUUAGAGCUGCUGAAAGUUAGAAACAUACGUUUUUUCAUGUUUCUGAUUGAAUGGUAACAACCAACAAGUGUACCCAAAAUGUAAAGUAAAUCAAUUAUAACGUUUGGAAUCCACUCCUGCAUUGGUUUUUCAACACUUUGGGGUUUCACUUGUGCUCACGUUUCACUGGUAAAGCGAUCUGUAUUGGGUAUGUACUUCAACAGUCGAACAUGGAAAUUGAAAAUAGGAAAAUUUUUUAGCAGUA